CCUUGCCGUUACCAUUUACGUCGCCACCACCACCCGGAUCUGUAUCCGUAACCACCAGCCGUCGUUUCCAACGCCCACUACAAAGCCACCACCCGGAUCUGUAUCCACAAUAACCAACCGUCGUUUCCAGCGCCCACUGCAAAGCCAGCAGCGCGAGAAUCCCCACACGCAUCAAGGCGUGUGCCUAUGGUCCUUCGUCGCCUCCAAAGAGCCCAUUUAAACCAUGGAAACUGGCAGUAGCAGUACCGUCCCGACAGUUGUACCUCGCAGUAGCAGCGGCGUUCCGACACCGGCACUUCGCCACGUGAAAACACCGCAGCCAGAGAGCAUGAUGGUCGACCAGGUUCCAGAGUCGCAGCCCGAGGACGAGGGAGCGGACUUCCAGCGAUGCCGCUUGUGUGCGCGUCAUCACGCCCUGCGUGUGUGCCAGGCAUUCCGCGCAAUGCAGCCAGCGCAACGGUAUUUGAUCGCCUGUGCACAUCACUUCUGCACAAACUGCCUGGCAUUAUCACACCACAGCAGCGAAUGCCUCUCCGUGGGCGUAUGCAAGCUUUGCGGCCAGCGCCACCAUACCCUGCUUCAUCGCAAGUCUGCUCAUUCAAAGCUUCCGCCACCGCACUCAGCACCAGCUCCGCGUAGAAUCGAAGCCAACCGUUCGCACCGGCGACGCCGCUAUAACGUCACGCGUAACGCGAACCAGAAAUCUAAGCAACUCCAGCACGCGCGCAUCGUCAAGCGCACCGCAAAUAAAGUGCGUAACAUGGCAGGUAGAGGCAAGGCGACACGGAUGCUAGUCAAGGAGGCGAUCCGUAAACUAAGGGAGCUAGAGAGCAGCUUAUCCGCUUAGCGCGUCUACGGGCGGCAGGAUGGUUAAACGAGCGACGCAUGCCGUUUAACCGUCGCAACCAUGAACUACUUUUAAAACUGAAUUGCUUUAGAAUUGUUACCUACUUAUAUAUUGUAUCUUUUGCCUUGAAUUAUCUAACGUGUAUCUACAUACAUAUUGUAUCUUUUGCCUUUGAAUUACUUAACUUGUAUCUACCUACAUACAUAUUGUAUAUUUUGUCAUUGAAUUGCCUAACUUGAAAAAACAUUGUAAUUAGUGAAUACCAUGAAUUGUAAAAUUUGAAGUAUUUUAUGAAUUUGCGUGGUUGGCAACGCGCGUAGGUAAAGCAGCGCGCAGCUGACAUUUUAGGUUGACAAAAUGUCAACAAAAGAAAAAGUAGAUACACACUUAUAUUUUUCAAUCACACAGCCGAGCGGUCAUCUCAUUGUAAAAGAAAUUCGCAAAUCGUUGAAUAUUAAUUAAAGACUUGUUUUAAAAUCAAAAUUCGCAGUUUUUCCUUUGUUCAACUAAAGUGCAUUUGA